GCUUUCAACGGGUGUAGGCCGGUGCGGGGAUCUUACAGCGACGAAGCGAAGACCCAAUAUAAAAAUCAUCCUCGAUCUAACCAUAUUUUUCAAUCUCCAGCCUGAAAAAGGCAAAACAUCACAAGAUGGCUUACAGUUCCCCCACCUUGGCAGAAUUUCAGGAACACUUCCGCAGUUCUACUGAACGAUCACGCUUGCGUUCAGCCCGCAACGGAAUCCCCAGCCCCGCUCACAGUGCACAUGGUGUUUUAAUCAGGACAUCGCUUCAGAAACGCACAACGGACAAGAAAGCUAAAAAGGUGUGCUUCUACAGAAACGGGGACAGAUUUUUCAAAGGCAUCGUCUACGCCGUAUCUCCAGAACGCUUCAGGACAUUCGAGGCUCUGUUAGAGGACCUAACGAGAACUCUAUCCGAUAAGGCGCAUUUACCACAGGGCGUAAGGCACGUCUUUACCAUCGAUGGCACUCGUAAGGUCACGAGCCUCAAUAUGCUUCGACAAGAGGAAAGCUACGUGUGUUCGUCACAGGAUGUCUUCAAGCGCAUGGAAUACUCAAGGACUAAUGAUCCUGCGUGGAAGGUCGGGUCACCGUCGGCCAGAAAGGACGGCCGGGACAGUAACACGCCCCUCCCACGCACAACGGACGGCUUCAUCGAUGAUGGCAGAGAUUUCAUCAAACCAAGGCUGGUAACCGUUAUCAAGAGUGGAGCCAAACCCCGCAAAGCUGUGAGGAUCCUGCUCAACAAGAAAACGGCUCAUUCCUUCGAGCAGGUCCUGACGGAUAUUACGGAGGCCAUAAAGUUAGACUCUGGUGCUGUUCGCAAGCUUUAUACCUUGGAUGGAAGACAGAUCCACUCCCUACAGGGUUUCUUCAAGGAUGACGAUGUCUUCAUAGCCUACGGGCAGGAACGCUUCUGCCAUGACGAUUUUGAACUUGCCAUGGACGACUUGAAGAAUGUAGCUCCCUAUCGCAAAGUCAUGCGCAAGGAUCGCGCUAUGCUGAAGAGCCCAUCUCUACAACGCAAGCUCUACUCUCUGCCUAAGACUGUGCCAGUGAAUGGCUCCCCCACCACCACCCGAAGGUCCCCAUUAGCGAACCCACCGUCCCCCGCCCAACCGAGAAGGGGGUCUAUUAAGACUCUCGCCGAACAACGCAAAAACUCUGCAGGGUCGGUCAGGUCAAAGAGUAAGGAAUUGAUUCGCACAAAUUCUGGCAAGCUCAAGAAUGGAUCAGUUUCAUUGGAUAUUGAGUAUGGAGAACCUAAUGGGGGUUCCCCGGUCCCAACCCCAAGGAGCAACAUACCGGUAGCCCUGGAGGAGAAAUACGUCAUCGGACGCAUCAUCGGCGAUGGCAACUUUGCUGUGGUCAAAGAAUGCAAAAACAGGUCAACCAAUGAGAAGUUUGCACUCAAGAUCAUUAACAAGAGGAGAUGUAAAGGAAAGGAAAAGAUGAUAGAGAACGAGGUUAGCAUCCUACGUCAGAUGAAACAUCCCAACAUUAUCCUCCUGGUAGAAGACUUUGACUGCCCCACCCACCUCUACCUGGUCAUGGAACUUGUCAAGGGCGGAGAUCUUUUCAACGCCAUCUCGACCACCACCAAGUACACCGAGCGCGACGCCAGCUGCAUGGUCCACAACCUGUUUAGCGCCCUCUAUUAUCUCCACUCCAUGAGCAUCGUCCAUCGCGACAUCAAGGCCGAGAACCUCCUGGUCUGCGAGCACGAAGACGGGACCAAGUCCCUCAAGCUGGGUGACUUUGGUCUGGCUACCGUGGUCACCGAGCCGCUUUUCACCGUCUGCGGAACCCCCACAUAUGUGGCCCCUGAGAUCAUCAUGGAAACAGGGUACAUGUUGAAGGUGGAUAUCUGGGCUGCUGGUGUCAUCACAUACAUCCUUCUCUGUGGCUUCCCUCCAUUCAGAAGCCAAGCCAAUAAUCAAGAGGAGCUCUUUGAUAAGAUUGUGGCCUGUGACUUCAGCUUUGACUCGCCAUACUGGGACGAAAUCUCCAUCUCUGCCAAAGACCUCAUCAGCGGCAUGCUAGAGGGCGACGUUGAGAAACGUUUCUCUGCUGUUGAUGUCAUGGAUCAUCCGUGGGUUCAGGACGAUAACGCCAUCAACCGCGACGUCCCAAUCGAUGUCUCCCAUGAACUCAGCGUCAACUUUGAACUCAAGGGCAAAGAGUCGAGCAGUGCUGCCGGCAUUGCUGUUAUCACCGCUACAGCACUGGACAAGGACAGCAAGUACUUCCAAGGGCGUCGCCCGAGGGAGGGGGCUGAGGGGGCAGAGGACAUACCCCGACAAGAUGAGCUUGCUUUCUAGACAACCCUCUACCACUCCCCAGUCCUGAUCUUCUCUCCACCAACUCUCACUGUCAGCUCUCCAAAGAUCCUAUCCUCUCUAUGCACUCUCGGAACUCCAGCUGUUUCAAGGCAUUUUCUGUAAUCAACAAGAAAUAUGUCAAUCACUUUGUAACCUGAUUGGAAGAUGAUCAAGUGUGCGUCUUCUGGGGCCCGUUUCACAAAGCCUUUUUUCAAUGACAAAUGAAAAAAAUCAGUGACAAAUCUGCUGAUAACCAAUCAGAAGCAAGGAUUUCAGUAGCUUAUAACAAAAACUGUCAUUUGUCACUGAUGACAAGUUUUGUGAAAUGGGGCCCUGGUGUAAAGAGGUGCCUCUGGUCUCUAUUUGGAGGAGGGACCGGGAAAGAUGAAAGUGUAAAGGUUAAAGCCCCACUGCACUAGUUUGGCCAAGGGGUUUAGACCUCCCUGCAUGGUCACUGACAGGUGGUUAUCUCAUCAAAUCAGCUCUCAAUU